GUAGAAGUGGAAACUACACACAGUAAACUCCAGGUACACUUUAGUUUCAGCCGGAUCUACCUCGGGAAUCAGUGCAGGCUGUUUAGACAAAAAGUCCUGGUUUUCUGCUCAAGAGAGGUGGUUUUCCCUGUUACCAGGGAUUUCUGGUAACAAGUACUAGUGGAUCUGGCACUAUUAUUGGGCCAUGAAAUGCUCAGGACUUUUUCAUGCACAAAGAUCCUUACUGGAAGGCAUCAUGUCCAAUUUUAACUUGAGAAAAACUCCACCCACAGGAAAUGAUAUGAAGCGUACCACUCAGGGGAGCACACUGAGGCAGCAGGGUUUUCUUGAGAUGAACAAAAGGAGGACUUUCUUACAGGAUAACAGCUGGAUAAAGAAACGUCCUGAAGAAGAAAGAGAUGAAAAUUAUGGUAGGGUGGUGCUCACCCGACAUAACUCCCAUGAUGCUUUGGACAGGAAAACAAAUGAGAGAGAUGUGCCAAAAGCCACAAUUAGUCGGUACAGAUCUGAUGACACUUUGGACAGGAUCUCAGACAGAAAUGAUGCCACUAAAACAUAUAAGGCCAAUACCUUGGAUAACCGACUAACCAAUAGAAAUGGGUCCACAUUUAGAUCACCGGAAGUAGCAAAGAAGCAGCCUGGAGGUUUGUUGAGUGCAAACACCGCCAGCACCCCAGCUUCUACCUCUGCGGCUACUCCUGUAAAGAAAAAGAGACAGUCCUGGUUUCCACCACCCCCUUCAGGUUAUAAGGCCACUCCAAGCACAGGAGCAAGCAGAAGGGAACCAACUGUUCACCCUCCAAUACCUCCAAAGCCCAGUUCUCCUGUUUCAUCUCCUAACCAGCUAAGACGAGAUAAUAGGCAGAUAUGUCCACCUAAACCGGGUGUAUAUACAGAAACUAACAGAUCUGCUGAAAGAAAUAUAAGGAGUCAGGAUCUCGAGAACAUUGUCAAAGUGGACACUUCACUUCAGAAACCUGACAAAGGAGAAGAAUUGGAUAAUCUCAUCAAAAUGAACAAAAGCUUGAAUAGAAAUCAAGGUCUUGAUGGUCUCUUCAGAGCAAAUCUUAAGGCAGAACAAACAGAAAAAAGAGCCAAAAGCCUUGAAAAUCUCAUCUUUGUGAAUACCCGGACAGACAAAGAUGGCAAAGGAAACCAAGGCCUUGGAAGUCUUAUUAAAGUUAAUCAAAGGACUGACAAAAACGAGAAAGGAAGCCAAGGUCUCGAAACAAUUAUCAAAGCAAGAGCCAGGACAGAUAAAACUAGCAGAGGUGAAGACCUUGAUAAUGUUAUCAAAGUGAAUCCCAAAGGAAGUGAAAAUACCGCUGGAAAACAAGACCUCAAUGGGCUUCUUAAAGUGAAUUCCGAAACAAAUAAAAAUAUCAAGAGAGGACAGAGCCUUGACAAUCUCAUCCAAGUGACCCCUGAAGUAAACAGUAGUAACCCAAGUUCCAAAGACCUUGAUAACCUCAUCAAAGUGGAUUCAAGAACAGGAAAAAGUGUGCAAGGGGCCCAAAGUCUUGACAGCCUCAUCAAAGUGGCUCCUGAAACAAACAGAGCUAACCAAGGGAACAAAGACCUGGACAAUCUUAUCGAAGUGAUUCCCUCAGCAAACAAAUGCAGUGAACAAGGUCUUGAUGAACUUAUUAGUGUAAGCCCCAAAGCUGUCAAAAACACGGCUGGAAAUCAAGAUCUUGAUAAGCUCAUCAAAGUGAAUCGUGAAACUCUCACCAACAAUCGAAGAAACCAGGAUCUCAAUAACCUCAUCAAAGUGAAUCCUGCAGUAAUCGGAAGCAGUCAGAGCCAAGACUUGGACAAUCUUAUUAAAGUGAAACCUUCAGCUCUCAGAAACACAGAGCGAGACCAAGACCUGGAAAAGUUAAUUGAAGUAAAUUCCAAUUCUAAAAAUAAGAAUGGAAGGCUAGACAGCCAAGUCAAUGGAUCUACUGAUGCUUUAAACCACCAGUCCGCUGGAACCCCUGCCUAUUCUUACGAAGCCAGGAAGAAUCUCAGCUCCAGUGCUAAAACCAGGCACGCAGGACCAAAGGAUACUCUUGUGUACACAAUGACAUACAUGGAGAACAGUAAAUCACCAAAGGAUGGAUAUCAGGAGAAUUUCUCCGGAAAAUACAUACAAACUGUUUAUUCGACUUCAGAUAGGUCUGUCAUUGAAAGAGAUAUGUGCACUUACUGCCGAAAACCCUUGGGCAUAGAAACUAAAAUGAUUUUAGAUGAAUUACAAAUUUGCUGCCAUUCCACUUGCUUCAAGUGUGAAAUAUGCAAACGGCCUUUGGAAAACCUACAAGCAGGUGACAGCAUUUGGAUUUAUAGACAGACAAUACACUGUGAACCUUGCUACUCUAAAGUUGUGGCAAAGUGGAUUCAAGAAUUCUGACACAUGGACAUCAAGAUAAAAGCACUCAUUAAGGAAGUAAAAUUUUUAUUUUAAGAGUAUAUACUCGAAAAGCUUUUAACCCAAAGAAUGACUCUUGUAUAGAAUUAAUAAUUCUGCUAUUGCCUAAAUAAUCUAAUUGCCUUCAAUAAGAUCAUAUACAUAAAGGGAACCAUCUGGUAUCUAGCUAGAUUUAGUGAUCAAAAAUUCAAGUGGUUCCAAUUACCAAUGUGAAAGGAAUGAUGCUUCUGACGGCAGUGAGCAUUGUCAACCUUAACCAGGUCCAUCUCUGCUUCAUAUUUAGGCUGUGUGCUAUGGUUUCCAUUACAGACAAGUUCCUCAUUUUCUCACCUUUGUUUCCCCAAGAAUUUGGGUUUACGGAUGUUAUUGACAUCCUGACAAACUGUCAAGGAAGCAAGAUAUGUUUUCUUUAUGUGCAAAAGAAAUAUUGAAGGAAAUUUUCUUAUGAAGUUUAGCAAAAAGAUGUUAACAUAUAAAGUUGUGUGGACCUCAAAAAAAUCCCAUAAACUUUUCAGAUCUCUGUGUCAUUAUCUGUAACAUGAGAGGCGUUGGCCAAAAUGUUUCCUAAGGUCCCUUUCUGCUCUCAAAAUUAUCUGAUUCUAAAACAAGUUUUUAUUUGCUCUUUAGAAACAUAUCUGAAUGUGUGUUUGUUAAGCAUUUUGAACUAGAUAGGACAUCUAAACAAUUUAACCUUAGUGUCAUCCUGCAGUUGAUCACAGACAUAAUUUUUAUACAAUGUGUUUUAAAAACAGAAAGACACGGAUUUAUGGGUAAUGGGUAAAAUCAUAUGACAUGUCUAGUUUACAUAUUGUAAUUUGCUAAGUUUUAUUUGCAUGCAUUUCAAAAUCUAGAUAUAGAAAUAAUCUAAGAGAAAUAACUGUUAUGAACUGCAAAGACGGGUCCUUUAGCAUGUAACAUCUAUUCAUAUUACAUAGCACUUUAUAUUUACAGAUGGGUUAUAAAAAUAAAAUUAACUAUCAGUUACAAAGAAUCUUUUUGUGGUGUGUCUAUAAAUAUCACUUACUGACAUUGAUUUCGUCAAUUAUAGUGAUCGGAAUUUAUUAUAUUCUAUGCCAUGCUGCUUAACUUAAUUGCUUAACUGCUCAAGCUAUAGCUUUUAUUUUUAAAGAGCUUUUUCUUAAAGAAUUGAAAAUUCAAUAAUCAUAUAUGAGGAAUUAGAAUUAUUAUUAAAAUUGAGAAAUUGAACUCAUAAACUAUUUUAUACGCACAUAGCAACUGCUUCUUGAAGAAAGGCAAUUCUAGGGAAACUUAAGGCAGUUGUGAAAAACUGGCAUAAACUGGAGAGAUUUAAAGAUAAUCAUGUAUUUUCUAAAUGUUGAUAAAUUUAAAGAAUUAUUCUUCUGUGUAAUGAUUUCAAGCAUCUGUUCCUCUUAGAGACUGGUCCACAAAGUGUUAAACACAAAAUGCUUAUCAAAAUACAGCAAUGUAUAAUUGUUGUCGUAUGGAGAGGGAGCCAGAAAAAACAAUUAAUAAUAAUUUGAUAUUCAUUAAUUCAUGCUUGAUGAGAAGCAGUGGUAAUUGAGCCAUAUGUUUUAUUGUUCUUUUAUUACAUGCUGUCAGAGUGGAUCAAAAGAAAUAAUUUUCUUAGAGUUGGAAUUCAUGGCAGAAAAGGAAGGAUGGAAUAGUAUCCUUCCCUUUUAUAUAAAGUGCAUUAACAUCUCAAUGCCUUUGUAGUAAUUAAAAAUCAUUUGAAUAUCAUUUUUAAAAUAUUCUACUUUUUAAUGCUUCAUUUAAAAAAACACUAAAAGGAACAUAUUUCUCACUUUUCUGUAGCUGUUUAAGGGACCUUUUCUUCUACAAUAAUGUAUUAAAUUAAACCAAAAGCUGUUAUAAAAAUGGAAUAAAUAUGAAGUG